GAUCUCCCGAUGGUCCCGAUUUUCCUUGAGAAGAGGGAAGCACAAAAAAGCAGCAAUAUUCAUUCCAUGUUGUACGUUCUACGUUCGACGUGACGUAAACACAAAUGAACAUGAAAUAUUAAACUGAAAACAAUAAGUUGAGAAAAUCUAACGCAAAAUGUCAAGAGGCAGAGGGUCGUAUCGAGGACGACGGCGAUUGCCAGAAAUUGACUUCGACGAGAUUGCGGCUCGCAUCCGAUCUGCGAAGGAGAGGGUGGCCGAGGAGAAAUUACACAGUCAGUCCUUACUGUCAGUGACGACCGGGUCACCCACCUCGCUCGUCACUCUCAACGAGCACAGUGGAGAGGUCACCCCCUUCCCCAAUCAAUCGAAACUGGCACAGCCAGACCCAUCGCUCUCUGAAGCCGCGUCAGGCGGCGCUCCUUCAAUGAAGCCCUUCGUGGACUACGUGGCCCUAGUCCAGGCCGAGAUAAACUUGGCUACUCUGGGACUGGCUGACAAUAGUACCCGACUUCCAGCGCCACCAGUAGGACGAACCCAACCGAGCCCGGUACCAGUCAUGGCUGCUGGGGUCGACCGUAACCCAGAUUCCUGCUAAUACCGCAUUAGGGGGGGGGGGGGCACAUUUUUGGCAAAUUAAAAAAUCUUUUUUCUGACUGCACAACAUCCCAAGAAUAUUUUGUCCAACUUUUAUGUAAAUCGGAGAAAAACUAGCGAAAAUACAGCGUUUUAAGCGACCGCUUCUCUUGCUCAAUUCGGACACGUAUUCGUUGAAAAGGGUAGAAUUCAACGCAGACAGGAACAAAAAGAGGCUUUCGAUGUAAUGAAUGGCAGCGAUUUAUUCUAUGGACCUGUAAUUGAUAAUUAUGUGUGAUCCAGUGAUGAGUUAAUUGUUAAUUGUAAUAAAAAAAUUGUUCACGGCGCAACAAUUUUUUCAAGGCGUCCUUUGAGAUUCGAUGUCACGUGGUCAUUUUUAAAUAUUUUAAAAUGAAAAUUGGUUUAAGAAUAGU